AUGGCAGAAUUCUCCGCCAACAACCAGGUUUCCGCAUCCACUAAAGCUACACUAUUCUUCGCGAACUAUGGCUUCCACCUCCAGUUUACGAUGACGAUUAAUACACUUGAUAGGACCUCACCGAACCGCAACGCUAAAGACUUUGCUUUGUAG